GGCAAAUCAAUUAGUUUUGGAUAAGCUUUAAAAUGAUAUAUGACACAUACAAUGAAGACACUGGUAAAUGUCUGCCUAGGCGGGGGGGGCAUACUUUCGGGACACCCUGUAUUGUUUUCAAUGAAAGCUUAUAUUGCAUCAUUAAUGAAGAAUGAAUUAGGAUCUACACACAUUGUGUCUAAAAGGGUUCCAAGCAUAAAGCGAAGAAUAAAUAAAUUGCCCCCUAAAAUAGGGAAGAAUAAAUUCAAGAUACCCACAAUCAACCCCAAUAGUUGUAAUAAAAAAUCUUAUAUUCAGGUGAUUGUCGGAUUUAGAAACCCCAAGUCUGUUUAUACAAGUUGCUUCCACGCAAUUGAUGGCAUAUCGGACACAGGGAUAUUUUCUGAAAGGAUUUCUAAAGAAGACUUCAUGGCAGCCAUUCUUACAGGGGACAGCAGAAAUAGUAAUGAUUUGAAAGUUAAAUAAAGAAGGAUGCAAAAUGCGCAAAUGAAAUGAAGGAAAGAGCAUUGCCCUGUUGCGGGU